CCGCUAUUAAAUUCAGUACGGGGUCUUUGCCGGUUUGUGCACGGGAGCCGCACCCUGCUCAAAGCGGUCGGAAAAAAAUUUACGAACACGCUCGAGGGUUCUCGUGCACUCGCCGGGUAUCGAAGUGCGGUGGAUGCUGAAGUGUGGUUUGUGAGGUUUGUUGGACAAACGUAGUGGACAUUCUUCCAUGCUGCUCAACGAACUGCUGUGACGGCACGCUGGGACACCAUUCGCCCCACGGCAAGCCUGGGACACCCGGCGAAUUGUUUCAGCGUUAGGCCUAUUAUUAGAGGGAAGUUGCUCUCGGAAGGUUGAGGAGCCUAAGCUAACAAAAUGAAUGAAGUGGAGAGUCUACGUCAAGAAGCAGAGACAUUAAAGAACACAAUACGAGAUGCACGGAAAGCUGCAUGUGAUACCACCUUGGUGCAAGCAACGGCCAACAUGGAACCAGUGGGCCGCAUCCAGAUGCGGACGCGGCGUACGCUACGGGGACAUUUGGCCAAGAUCUACGCAAUGCAUUGGGGUUCAGACUCCCGCUACCUGGUGUCGGCGUCUCAAGAUGGCAAGCUGAUUGUGUGGGAUGCAUACACAACCAACAAGGUGCAUGCAAUCCCACUCAGAUCAAGCUGGGUGAUGACGUGCGCGUAUGCUCCUUCCGGGAGCUAUGUUGCUUGCGGGGGUCUGGACAACAUCUGCUCCAUCUACAGUUUGAAGACACGUGAAGGCAAUGUGCGUGUCAGCCGAGAGCUGCCCGGCCACACAGGCUACCUGUCAUGCUGCCGCUUUGUGGACGACUCACAAAUUGUCACCAGUUCUGGGGACAUGACCUGUGCACUUUGGGACAUAGAGACGGGCCAGCAGUGUACGUCAUUCACGGGACACACUGGCGACGUCAUGUCACUCUCCCUGUCACCGGACAUGCGGACAUUUGUCUCCGGGGCCUGUGAUGCCUCCGCCAAGUUAUGGGAUGUCCGUGAUGGCAUGUGCAAGCAGACGUUUCCAGGCCAUGAAUCUGACAUCAAUGCAGUGACGUUCUUCCCGAACGGCUAUGCAUUUGCGACGGGGUCGGACGACGCAACCUGCCGCCUGUUUGAUAUCCGGGCAGACCAGGAGCUGGCCAUGUACUCGCAUGACAACAUCAUCUGCGGCAUCACCUCGGUGGCCUUCUCCAAGUCGGGCCGCUUGCUCUUGGCUGGCUAUGACGACUUCAACUGCAACGUUUGGGACUCUAUGAAGGCUGAGCGUGCAGGUGUCUUGGCUGGUCAUGACAACCGCGUGAGCUGCCUGGGCGUCACCGAAGACGGUAUGGCAGUGGCCACUGGCUCCUGGGACAGUUUCCUCAAGAUAUGGAACUAGGGUGAAGACAGCAACAGCAGCACCAAGGGAUGGGAGACGACGACGUUGAAAGGGGAAGAGAAAGAAGACUGGAUCACCCCCCCUCCCUCCCCAGCCCUCCACUUGAUUCUUCCCUGGCUCUGUUUUUACGGAUGCUGCUCUUCCUUCUCCUUCACCCACUCACACCUCUCUGGCUCUAGGUGUACUACUCCAGUUUCGGUUUUCUUUCUCUCCCUCUGCGCCCAACUCUUGCUGCACACUUUCCCCCUCGGCCGCCUUCUCUUUGGUCGGUGCAGAAACUUAGUCGACUGGUCGGGCUCUCCUCCCACGGACAACUGGAAGCUGUUCUCUGGGCAACGUUUGCUGCCUUUGCGCACCUACCUGGCAUGAGAAUUUCCAUACCACCGCUUUUUCCCACCACUUACAUACCUGAGACGGAGGGAAUGCUGGUAGGCAGUGAGUGGAGAGUGGAGGGAGGUGUAAUGGCUCUUUCAUUUACCAGCCAGUGUAACUAUACUUCUUUCGUGGUGGGGAGAGGAGGAUGGGGGGAGAGAGAGUCGUGUGCUGCUUCGUGUUGCACUGGACCAAGAAGCUCUUGUGCUUUUUCUUCCUUUCCAUGUACAACUGCACUCCGUGCAUCUUCUUUUUCUCAAAACAAUUUCCUCUCCCCCUCCGUCUCUGCUCUCGUCACCCUUCUUUCCAUCGGAACGUUGAAGUGGUGACUCUUCCAGUUAGGUCUGGCAUUUCUGCGUGAGCAUUCGUGGACAGUUUUCACUUCACCCUAAGGCUUCCCCCUCCUGCCUGGGACAUGUCUUUUUUUUUUU